AUGUAAUAUCAAAAUAGUCCAACCUAUAGCUAAUAUAUAGGAAGUUAUUAGUAAACUCCUUAUGUUAGUCCUAUUUAUUAACGAGGCAAUCAUCUUUUAAGCACAUAUCAAAGCUGCUAGUAUAGACCUCUACCUGUUGAGCAGAGAGUAGUUUAUAAUAAUUUUAAUCCUUAAGUUUAGUUACCUCCUCCUGUCUAACCUUCACAGAAAGUAUUCUACCCUACAAAUAACAUUGUGUCAUGGCAUCCUUUAGAAGCAAAAAUUUAAAAUGAAAAUUCUAUUUACUAAAAUUAUUAUCAAGAUCCCUACAUUAUUUAGUAAUAGAAUCAGUUUUAGUAGGAUUAAAACAAAUAAUAUUAUAAUUAGUAAUUUUCAAAUGAAAAAAAUACUUUGGUUAAAUAAAAAAUUGAAUCAAGCAAAAGCAGUAAAAUCUCAAUAAAAGACAAUUUGGAUGAUACUCCUAAAUUUGCUACAAAUAAAUUAGCUUAAAUGAUUAAAAAAAGCAAAUAAAUAGGAGGAAUAAAUAUAACUGAUUAGUUAAUUGGAGAUGAAUUAAUUGAGAAGUCUUAAAAAUAACAAGAAGAUGCUAAGUCUGAAAACUAUAACAAUAACAACGAUGAUAGUGAUUCUAAUGAAUCUGAAGAAGAGUAUGAGGACGAUUAAGAAUAUGAAGAUAGUUAAAGCGAGAAAUUAUUUCAAAGCAGUUUAUUUAAUAUACAAAACUCACAGGGAUUUAAUAGAAAAGGUAAUAACUAUCUAUAUGGUUCAAAUUUGGCAGGCUUAAGAAAUGAUAAAAUUACUGAUUAUAAUAGAUUUGAAACUCUUAAUAAAUUUGAAAAAAUAAAUAAAUAGCAUGCCAAUUUGUUUGCAAAUGACUUUAAAGAGGAUUUGUAAAUGAAAGAUAUUUUUGGUGAUAACACUUUGUAUAUAGAUAAUUUCAACUUAUCAAAAACAUCUGGUACUGUUCCUUCUUUUAUAUGGCAUAGAACAAGAAACAAUAUAAGUCAGAAUAUUCUCAGAGAAGAAGAGGAAUUAUCAUCAAAUAACGGAGAUGAUAAUGAUGAUUACGAACAUAAAAAUAUGCUCUGGGAAGCAAGAUAUUAAAAGAUACAUGAACACGAUUACAUGGUUUCGUAUGCAAAUAAUAUAUUUAAUCGCAAGAGUAACUAUCUAAAGUUAGGGCUUUUUUACAAAUAAGCUUUGAUAAAAUAUUAGUUUGAUAGAUCUAAAGAAAUUGUAUAUUACAUGUACUCUUAUGAUGAGUAUUCGAUUAAAAAAAAAAAAUCAGAAAUGACUCAAGAUUAGUAAGGAAUUAAUGAAGAUAUAGAAAUUAAAAUCAACACUUUAGAGGAUAUAGAUCAAGAUGAUGAGGAUGAAUAGCAAAAUAAUAUGCAAGAAUUAAGCAUAUUAAAUAGCUCAUAAAAACAAAAUAAAGAUUUAUUGCAAGUUACUCAAUUAUCCAAAUCUAAAAGUGGAGAUCAUGAUUCAAGCAAAUAAGGAAAUUAAACUUAAAAAUCUGUUGUUUUUAACUAAUAAAACAAAUCAAGAAUUUUAAAUAAUUCUUAACUAGCAAGUAGUAACUUAAAGUCUAAAGUUUUAACCACGACCACCUACAAUAAAUAAGAUUUAAAAUCUCAAAUCAAAGACCAAUAUGACUUUUCUAAAUCAAACUUUUUGAGGGAUUAUGAGAAAACUCACUUUGGUUAAUCGAUUAUGGAAGAAGGGGAUGAGCAGGAAUCGAAAAGCAUGAAUAAAAGCUAAUUAAGUUUGGAAAGAACAAAUAGUAACAAUACAAGCUAAUAUUCUGACAACUACAGCAAACUUUAUAAAAGCAGGCCUGCAAGUCAAAGAAAAAAAGUUGUUGAAAAGAAAUCAGAUGAUUUAUCUAAAAUAAAGAAUAAGAAAAACAAAUAUAGAUUAUGGGAAAAGAAUGCUGUAAGUGAAGAUAAGUUUCUUGAUUAGGUUAGAGAUUCAACAAUUGAAGCCGUGAAAAGAGCUAGAAAUAUGGAACAAGCUAUAGUAGAAAAAACUUCUAUUUUUGAACAUCAUGCUGCAUCUUUAUUGAACCAACAUUUAUCUUAAUUGAGAAAAGUGAGUAAAGAAUAGAAAAAAGAGCUUUAUUUAAAAGUUAGGGAUAUUAUUCAAUGCAUUUAUGAUGAAUACAGAGACAUAAUUAAUUUUGAAAGCAACAACACUUAUGUAAUGCUUGUUUGUGAUAAAAAAGAUAAUGAUAGAAUACUUGGUCUGCACUACUAUGGAUAUUAAGGAAAAAGAUACUUUGAAAAAUAUUUUGAUUAAUUUGUAACAUUUAGUAAAACAAGAAAAGAAUUUGAAGAAAAGAGAUACUAAGCAUUCUUGUUAAAUAAACAGGACGAAAGCUACUGUAAGCAGCAUUUCCUCAAUUGA